GGUUUAGUGCCCAGCAGACAUCGUCUCACCAUGUGUCAGCUGGCUGUUCAGUCCUCUGAUUGGAUCAGGGUGGACCCCUGGGAGUGUUACCAGGACACCUGGCAGACGACCUGCAGCGUGCUGGAGCAUCACCGGGACCUGAUGAAGAGAGUCACCGGCUGCAUUCUGUCCAACGUCAACACGCCGUCCACGACCCCUGUGAUUGGUCAGCCGCAGAACCAGACUCCACCCAUCUAUCAGAACCACAACAACAUGAAUCACAAGCCCACAGCCAUCAAACUGUGGGGGAAGGUCAGCGAGAGUCUGGGGAAGAUCUGCUGCGUCCGUCCACACAUCGAACGCUUCACCUUUGUCGAUGAGAACGCCAACCUGGGGACUGCGAUGAGAUACGAGGAGAUCGAGUUACGCAUCUUGCUCCUGUGUGGCAGUGAUCUCCUGGAGUCCUUCUGCAUCCCUGGCCUGUGGAAGGACAGUGAU